AGGUCUAUAUAAAUACAGCAAUAUGUCCCUGGUUUGUUAUUAUCUCGUAUACACUCACUUCUUGGUUUAAAGACGCUUAUCGAGUCACAUCAGCAAAUGGAGUCGUAUACCGGUGUUGUGCAGACCGCUCACGAUGCUCUUAUACUUUUGGAGGCUUCACGCCUAGGAUAUAUACCACGUAUCAAGCGAAGAUUGAAAGAGGAAGACCGUAGACGUAUUCAACCAGGACAUGUGUACAUUUGGAAUGAAAGAGAGGCAAAGAUGCGCCGCUGGACGGAUGGUCGCUCAUGGAGCGCCUCAAGAGUAACUGGUUCUUUCCUCACAUACAGAGAGAUGGAGACAAAGGAGGAUAUCUGCUCAAGUUUCAAAUACAAGGCGGAUGGAUUCAUCAAACAAAGCUUCAGUAUAACUACAAUGCAAGGUGACAAGCUUCAUCUUAUUGCAUACACAACGACGAAGAACUUUAGCGCUGCAAAGUUCCACAACAGGUAUCCAACAAAGGAUCCAAAGCUCAAAGACAUCGUGAUACCGCAAAGCAUAUAUCCACAGGCCGAUAGCCUCAUUUCGAUGUCCUUCUCAACAUUCUCACAAUCCAGGGCAUGCAGAUAUGUGGGCAACACAAGGUCGUCUGUUUCAUCUGUAUCCUCACUUUCUUCGGUAUCUUCGAAUUCCCCAGUGUCUUCGCCGUUGAAUUCGACAUCUCCGGAAUCUCCAUUAUCGUUGCCACAACCAGCGUCGGCUAUAACAAGCGACAGCGCGGCUUCCGCAGAACAGCAACAGCCGCAAACAAAACAACAACAACAACACCACCACCAAAAGAACGCGUUGGAAAACACUUCAGCAUACUCUAAUUCUAAUUUACACGUGAUACCUAGAACUAUGGUGUCACUGCCUCUUCUGCAGCUGCCGCCUUUGUCGAUUUCUACGCCAACGCCCGGGAAUUAUCAUCAACAUGGCUCACCUGGUGUUGUUGCACAGGUUGAACUGUCAAUCUUGGCUCAAAGGAAGAUGAGACUUCACCGUGAUGACGAUAUGGCAUUGAGACACUUGGACAAACUCUCUUUUAAAUGACUCUACUCUUCAACGAUUUCAAUCUAUUUCGCACUUACUCCUACACUGUUCUGUUGUAGCCAUACAUUUAUUGGAGGUGCCAAAAGAUGCAGAGUGCCGUUCAGGCCCGAUAAGACCUUUUUCCUUUGAUGACUCAAGGAGACAUCGGUGCUUAAAAUCAAGCAAUUAGCAAGGUACACAAUU